AUCAAGGUGUAGCUAGUAACAAACCUCUCCGUUGCUAAGCUAAAACUGAUACUGCUUUCCACUCCGUGGCUGUAGAUUUGGAAAUAUAAACGGGGUGACACAGCAAAUAAGAGGGCGAGAAAGUUCCAGAUAUUUCGCAAAGAAUAUAUGAAAUGUGUAAAAUAGACGGGUUAUUGCAGAGACAUACGUUUUACAGCAAGAUCAGCCAGGCAGGUCAUCACAUGGGAGCGCCAUUGACUCAAUGCCAGCAUCAAACUCCAAGGACAGUGAUAGAAACGCGGAACAUCUCGCUGAGCCGGGCUCAAGAAAAGUUUGUCAAUUGAGGGAAUAUACCGACUGACCACUUAACCCAGGCUAUAGUUAAUGUCCAUGACAUUAUCCCCUGACAACUGUCUGUGUGGGAACAUCAGAACGCGCGCGCGACAGCCGCUGCACCUGUCAGCACAGCAGCACGCCUUCAUCGGAACCAUAGCCCACACAAGACACUUCACAGGACAACAGAAAAUAGGAUUUUUUAAUUUUAUUUAUUUGAACACUUUCGGGCUGAAUGCAUCACGGCGAAGCAUUGGUUAGGCUACAUCUUUGCUGACGAUUAACUGAACAAAGCAUGCCGAACUACAUUGCAAGUAUAGUUUUUGUUUGUGGCCUGUUUUGUCCUAUGCUAUAGUCUUAUUUUAGACUGUAGGCUAGCCUACUGAUUCUGUUGGAGCAAAAGCCUAUAGCUUUCAAAACUGAACUUAAGGGCACACGUUAUAGUACAACUGAUUCGCCAAUGAUGUGGUUUCCUACCUAGCGGUUACCACUGCCGGAAACUUUUAAUGAUGCACUGAAGAGAACUGAUAGCAGGAGGAAAUACCAAUACGGAUCCAGGAUUCAACUAUGCCUGUAAGAAAAAAAGACACAGCUAGGGCCCUAGAACUUUUGGAAGACUACUGUGCUAAACUGAGGAAGCCAGAGGAACAACAGCUCAAAACUGCCAUUCAGAGAGUGAUGGGGGUCUUCAAAAGCAGCCUGUUCCAAGCACUGCUUGAUAUCCAGGAGAUCUAUGAGGUGACGCUGCUGAACACCCAAAAGAGCUGCGAGCAGAAGCUGGAAGAGAUCAACCACAUGGCUGACAAGUGGGAGCAAACAGGCACGGGCUUCCCCACCACGGUGCUACAACAUGCCUGCCCAACAGAGAUGAGGGAGCGGAGCAGCUCGGAGCCCAGCAGGAAGGUGCAGACCGAGAUCAGUGUAAAAGUCUCUGAAAACAGGCCGGCUGCGGUGCAGGGGUCCCCACACACUGGCCAGCCCCCGGCAUGCAUGAACCCCGACUUGAUGAACGCUCCCUGGCAAUAUCGCUAUGAAGAUGAGGACUCUCCGCCUGAGCACGGGUUCCCUCGGCUGACCAACGAGGUGCGCGCCCCUGAGUUGGUGCACGUGUCGGAGAAGAACCUCUCAGAGAUUGAGAAUGUGCAUGGCUACGUGUCCCACUCCCAUAUCUCCCCGCUCAAGGCGAGUCCCGCCCCAAUAAUUGUCAACACGGAUACUCUGGAGUCUGUACCUUACGUCAACGGGACAGAAAUUGAAUAUGAGUUUGAAGAAAUCACACUAGAGCGGGGGAACUCAGGGUUGGGCUUCAGCAUAGCUGGAGGGACAGAUAACCCCCAUGUCGGCGAUGACCCAGGGAUCUUCAUCACCAAGAUCAUCUCUGGUGGCGCGGCAGCAGAGGAUGGAAGGUUAAGAGUGAAUGACUGCAUCCUGCGGGUGAAUGAUGCCGACGUGUCCGAGGUGUCCCACAGUAAGGCUGUGGAGGCGCUGAAGGUGGCCGGCUCCAUCGUCAGGCUCUACGUUCGCCGGAGGAGACCCAUGCUGGAAACUGUCAUUGAGAUCAAACUCAUCAAAGGACCAAAAGGGCUGGGCUUUAGCAUCGCAGGAGGGGUGGGCAACCAGCACAUCCCGGGGGACAACAGCAUCUAUGUAACUAAGAUCAUAGAUGGCGGUGCAGCACAGAAGGACCAGCGCUUGCAGGUUGGAGACAGGCUGCUUAUGGUGAACAACUACACUCUGGAAGAGGUCUCCCACGAGGAGGCAGUAGCCAUACUGAAGAACACGUCUGACGUUGUCUACCUGAAGGUGGGCAAGCCCACCAGUGUUUACUUAUCAGAUCCCUAUGGGCCACCUGAUAUCACGCACUCGUUCUCUCCAGCAAUGGAAAAUCAUAUCUCUUCCGUGGGAAACAACGGCACUCUGGAAUACAAGUGCAGUCUUCCCCCCAUGCCCAUCUCCCCCGGAAGGUACUCCCCCCUCCCAAACCAACUACUCGGGGAAGAGGACAUAAACAGGUUGGAUGGUUUUUCCUUCUUACGAAAUGCCUCAAUAGAUGACGGGGAGGGUCACAGGUUUGAUUCGCAGCACUUCCAGUUGAGGCCUCCUGAGCCAGUUUACAGCACUGUGAACAAACUGUGUGACAAAACACCUUCUCCCCGCCGCUAUUCCCCCAUGGAGUGCGACAAAAGCCUCCUCCACUCCAUACCCUUCCCUCACUAUCACUUAGGCCUGCUCCCUGACUCCGAGAUCACCAGGGAUCCCAGGAGGAUGGUCCUCCACAAGGGCUCCACAGGCCUGGGAUUCAACAUCGUGGGCGGGGAGGACGGCGAGGGCAUCUUUGUCUCCUUCAUCCUGGCUGGAGGGCCCGCCGACCUGAGCGGAGAGCUGCGGAGGGGAGACCAGAUCCUGUCGGUUAAUGGCAUCGACCUACGCGGGGCCACCCACGAGCAAGCGGCUGCAGCGCUAAAGGGGGCGGGCCAAACGGUCACCAUCAUUGCCCAGUACCGUCCCGAGGAACUUGCUUUGUGCUCCCCGCGCCGGGCCCCUUCGCCAGCACCAGAGUACGGGCGCUUCGAGGCCAAAAUCCAUGAUCUGCGGGAACAGAUGAUGAACCACAGCAUGAGCUCUGGGUCCGGAUCCCUCCGAACCAAUCAGAAACGCUCCCUUUACGUCAGAGCACAGUUUGACUAUGAGAAGGCCAAAGACAGUGGCCUCCCUAGCCAAGGCCUCAGCUUUAGAUACGGGGACAUCCUCCACGUCAUCAACGCCUCAGACGAUGAAUGGUGGCAGGCCCGGAGGGUGACCCCCGAUGGGGACAGCGAGGAGAUGGGGGUCAUCCCCAGCAAGAGGAGGGUUGAGAGGAAAGAACGAGCACGUCUAAAGACAGUGAAGUUCAAUGCCAAACCCGGAAUCGAUUCAAAAGCGUCAUUCAAUGACAAGCGUAAAAAGAACCUCAUCUUUACACGAAAGUUCCCAUUCUACAAGAACGAGCUGGGUGAGCAGGAUGGCAGUGAUUCCGAACGGAGUCAAGAGGACAUGAUUCUCUCUUAUGAGCCUGUCAUUCGACAUGAGAUUAAUUACGCCAGACCCGUCAUAAUCCUUGGACCAAUGAAGGACAGAAUCAAUGACGACCUGAUAUCAGAAUACCCUGACAAAUUUGGCUCCUGCGUGCCACAUACCACUCGAUCAAGGAGGGACUACGAGGUCGAUGGGCGGGACUACCAUUUUGUAAUGUCCAGAGAGCAGAUGGAGCAGGACAUCCAAGAGCACAAGUUCAUUGAGGCGGGCCAAUACAACGACAAUCUGUAUGGAACCAGUGUUCAGUCGGUCAAAUAUGUGGCUGAGAGGCAGGGUAAACACUGCAUACUUGACGUGUCGGGGAAUGCCAUUAAACGACUACAAGUAGCACAACUCUAUCCCAUUGCCAUCUUUAUAAAGCCUAGAUCCAUCGAUUCAUUAAUGGAGAUGAAUAAGAGGCUAACUGAAGAGCAGGCCAGGAAGACAUUUGACCGGGCCAUGAAGCUGGAGCAGGAGUUUGCCGAGUUUUUCACAGCCCUUGUUCAAGGGGACACCUUAGAGGAAAUUUAUAACCACUGCAAAAUGGUGGUAGAGGAGCAUUCAGGACCCUACAUCUGGAUCCCGUCAAAGGAGAAAUUAUGAGAACACACCACUUUGGCAGGGAGAUUGGACUGCUAGAAACAAAAUACUUUGUAACAUAUGAUCAAUUGUAAUGGCAAUUUAUAUUGUUCAUAAUUAUAGCCAAUUAAUAUGAUUUUUUUUGUUAUUGUUUAUUUUUUUUCCACUUUCAAUAUGAAUGUUCCUGAAUGUACACCACAAAGUUCAAGAAACAUUUUUGGCCUAAGAAAUGUUACUGUUUGUAUAUUUAAUGAUUUUAUUUUUAAGAAAAUGUUAAGGAAAUGAAAUAAACAUGGGCAUGUGUUCACCUCGACUGCGUGGGAUUUCAAAUGAAUUUUAGAAGAUGGCAGAUACACUAGUCAUUGCCACACCAACAAAGGAGGGGAAGGAGAUAAUAUCAGCUUCUUUUGCUUUUCUCCACCCAACAGCUAGACUUUGUCCUCUGACGCUCACCUCACAUCAAUAGUUGACAUUUUGUGUGACUUUGGCAUCUAUGCACUCACAGGGCCCUUGGACACAGUUCAUCAUACUCCUGCUAUUUUUACAUUGUUAUUUUGUAUUCAUUUUAUUAUGUUGCGAAUCCAGAUUUGUUGGACAUUUUUAAUUUGAAUAAGAAUUUUCCUCAACUGUAUUGUUUAUUUUGCGGAUUCUUUCAUAUAAAAACAAUUAUUGUUGAGAUGCUUUGAGAGGGCACAACAGCACAGAAAAUAUUUAUUAUAAAGAUGUAUAACUUUGAUUAAACAUUUUAUUUGAAAAAAGG